AUGUCGCCUGCUGCUAGCCCCCGCCCCAGCCGGGGGAUUCUCCGCAAUGGCGCUUCAGCGAAGACGAAGCAGCAGCAAAGCCCCAGCCCAGCAGCAGCAGCAGCAGCAGCAGCAGCAGCGCCAGCAGCAGCAGCAGGGCCAGCAGCAGCAGCGCGGCCACGGACAGCAGCAGCAGCAGAACGCGCGGGCAGCAGGCCCUCCAGUGGGUUCUUGACUGUUGAAAAAAGUGUUUCAGGAUCUCCAAGAUGGAAAAAAGUGGAAGUGGAAAGACAAGCAAAAUUUGCAAAUUCGAAAAAACAUGAAUUUGGAUCUCGGAGCAGCAGGGGGCCCCCCGAGGGCCAGAGGAGCCCCCCCGGGAAACAGGGGGCCCCCGAAUUUGCAAAAGAAGAAGGCGAAGAAAAGCGGAAGACGAGUUCCCCUGCUGCUGCAGCAGCUGCUGCAGCUGCUGCUGCAGCAGGCAGCAAGGAUCCAGCAGCAAGCAGCAGCAGCAGCUCUUGGGCCUCAGUUUCUUUUCCUCAAGAGGAAAAUGGAAUUCCAGAAGAACAGUUUAAGAAGUCCGACAGGCUCAGCAAGCUGCUUGCUGCAGCAAAAGAAGAAGAAGCAGCAGAAAAGAGAAAAAAGAAAGAAACGACGCAGCAGCUGCUGCGCAGCAGCCCGCUGGCAGCAGCAGAAAUGCAGCAGCUGCUGCUGGGCGAGAAGCGGGUGCCUGAGAAGCCCCCAGAAGAUCCUAGUGAGGAAAAUGAAAUUAAAUGGAAAGUAAUGCCAGAAAUCCGCAAAAGUGACUUCUUGCUCAAGUACACCCCAGAGAAGCAAAGACUGCAGCAGCCGCCCGCCAUCUUGAAUGUGGAAAGCGAAGGCAAUUUAGGAUUCAAUUCCGAAAUUGUUCGGGAAUUAUGCGACAAAUGGGUGGAGCCGUAUCCGAAGUUUCGGCCUCCUUCACGCGCUGCUUCUGCUUCGCAGCUGAGCGAAGUGGAGGCCCCGGAAGGGGAAGAAGCUGAGUUGGGAGUUUCUGAAAACAAGGGGGGGGGGAGCUUUCUGAGUGUUUCGGACACUUUGCGGGAAACGCGGCUGGACAGCGAAGAAGCCAUGAACACUUUUUUGCUCGAAAAGAGUUUUAAAGAGUCUUGGAAACACCGCCAGCUGCUGCAUUCUGCAGUUCGCGAAAAUGCUGCGCACAAGUCCCAAGUGGGAACUGGCUUGCUGGCCGAGAAACUUGUGCAGGAAAGCAGAACUCCCAAGAAAGGAGUCGUGCGAUUCGAAGAAGUUGAAGAAGAUGACGAGGGGCCCCCGGGGGGCCCCCAAGCCGCUUCGUCGUUUCCCGUUGGGGGCCCCCCUGAGCAGGCGGAGCUAAUUGCUCUUCACCACAUUUCAAAAACAGCUCAACAAGUGAAUUAA